UAGCGAGCACCAUGCGUGAGAUCGUGCACAUCCAGGCGGGCCAAUGCGGCAACCAGAUCGGCGCCAAGUUUGAAUGAAAAAAUUGCAGUGUCAUUGAGGUGACAGAUGUUAUGCAGACUACUUGUUGGGAUACAGAGACGGAAUGUUAGGUCAUUUCCCCAAUCCGAGCACCUUCUGCAUGGUAAUAUAUGCCAGUCUGGCUUCCUGGCUCCCAGGCGGCAGUUUUGGGAGGUCAUCAGUGAUGAGCAUGGGAUCGACCCCACUGGCAGUUACCAUGGAGACAGCGAGCUGCAGCUGGAGAGAAUCAAUGUGUACUACAAUGAAGCUGCUGGUAACAAGUACGUACCUCGGGCCAUCCUGGUGGACCUGGAGCCGGGCACGAUGGACUCCGUCAGGUCUGGACCAUUCGGCCAGAUCUUCAGGCCGGACAACUUCGUGUUUGGCCAGAGCGGGGCCGGGAACAACUGGGCAAAGGGCCACUACACAGAGGGCGCCGAACUGGUAGACUCAGUCCUGGACGUGGUGAGGAAGGAGUCAGAAAGCUGUGACUGUCUGCAGGGCUUCCAGCUGACCCACUCGCUGGGGGGUGGCACCGGGUCGGGGAUGGGCACGCUGCUCAUCAGCAAGAUCCGGGAGGAGUACCCAGACCGCAUCAUGAACACCUUCAGCGUGAUGCCCUCGCCCAAGGUGUCGGACACGGUGGUGGAGCCCUACAACGCCACGCUGUCCGUGCACCAGCUGGUGGAGAACACAGAUGAGACCUACUGCAUCGACAACGAGGCCCUGUACGACAUCUGCUUCCGCACCCUGAAACUGACCACGCCCACGUACGGGGACCUCAACCACCUGGUGUCCGCCACCAUGAGCGGGGUGACCACCUGCCUGCGCUUCCCCGGCCAGCUGAACGCGGACCUGCGCAAGCUGGCCGUGAACAUGGUGCCCUUCCCCCGCCUGCACUUCUUCAUGCCCGGCUUCGCGCCGCUGACCAGCCGGGGCAGCCAGCAGUACCGCGCCCUGACGGUGCCCGAGCUCACCCAGCAGAUGUUCGACUCCAAGAACAUGAUGGCCGCGUGCGACCCGCGCCACGGCCGCUACCUGACGGUGGCCGCUAUCUUCCGCGGCCGCAUGUCCAUGAAGGAGGUGGACGAGCAGAUGCUCAACGUGCAGAACAAGAACAGCAGCUACUUCGUGGAGUGGAUCCCCAACAACGUGAAGACGGCCGUGUGCGACAUCCCGCCGCGGGGCCUCAAGAUGUCGGCCACCUUCAUCGGCAACAGCACGGCCAUCCAGGAGCUGUUCAAGCGCAUCUCGGAGCAGUUCACGGCCAUGUUCCGGCGCAAGGCCUUCCUGCACUGGUACACGGGCGAGGGCAUGGACGAGAUGGAGUUCACCGAGGCCGAGAGCAACAUGAACGACCUGGUGUCCGAGUACCAGCAGUACCAGGACGCCACGGCUGAUGAGCAGGGCGAGUUCGAGGAGGAGGAGGUCGAGGAAGAGGCUUAAGAACUUGUCAGAGACACCGUGCCACGUCAGUGAAUUUCUGUUGUCCUCAAUGAAGCAUGGUCUUUCUAUUUGUAUCUAUGGUGCUCAGUUUUGCCUCUGUCAGAAAUUCGCACUGUUGAUAUACUAAUGUGGCACACCUCUAAAAAUUAAGGUAUAUACUAUACUAAUUAAAACGCAUGUGUCCAAAA